UGUUCUGAGUCUUCUGAUCCUCCCUAUCUGCAAUAUCCUGUCGGUCCCCAUCCAGAAGCCCUGCUCACUCUGCAAGUCACGGUGGUCUUUGCUUGAGCUUCCCAAUCGGUUUGGACAUGACCGGCAUCUACCUGGCAGUCUGGUCUCUCGUCUGCCAAAUCGAACUCUCUCGGCUCGCGACUAGUCAUCCCUCCAAUCACCGUGUAUGGUGGCGGGACUUGUAUCUCGUAGCCGCCGUCCGAAGCCCCAGAUGGCAUCAAUUCCCUGGUCCGGGUUUAAGCCUUUGAUAUUGCCAGCCAGAGGAACCAUGAUGUUGUCCUCGUUUGAUUCUUCCACACGAUUCAUUCCAGGUAAUUACACCGACAAUUCAUGUUGUCACGAAAGUCACGCGCACAUCUUUCAAGUCUCCAACCGCUCUUUGCCAGUCUUGAAAUCCAGCGGCGCUACGGAAAUCGCGUACUCGAAGUUCUUGUCGGUUACAGAUUUUUCCGCAGCCUUGUUCGCGAUCUCUGAUAGUAUUGGAGAAUCCUUACCCCCUGGUCCCUCCGCUAAGACCGCUAUCCGCGGGUGGCGAAUUUGCAAAGUCACUCAAGGCUUCGCUCCUGUCCGCCCGCGAGUCCCCAGUCGCCAGUUGCAAGUCGCAACCGCGGCGGAUGGACGGGCAACUCGGUUGACCCUGCACGCACUAAGGCGCCAGUCCAAAUGCGAUCGUAAACCUUCCCCAUUCACUUUAUUUCGGGAAUUCAUUGAUUAUUCGACCAUUAGGCUGCCGAGCUGAUCCUCAGACCUUAAUCCUUCGACGCGCAAUUCGGUUUUAUGUUCGCGAAUGGCGCCAUGAGAGACACAUCGAAUGGGGAUUGGGGUCCAGUCGUGAAGGAAGUAGCACGGCCCGAAUU